GUUGUGAGGAAUGGUAGCGAGUGUUUACGAACACUGACGGCUGCUGAGUGAGGUUUGUGUGCUCCUGAGAUUAAGGAAUCGGCCAGCAUUAGUGGAAUCAGAAUCCAAAUCUUGUGCAGGUCUGCCCCUGAGGAGUAGGAAAGGCAUCCGGCAGGGGCUUUUAUAAUUUUUAAUCCAAUGGAUACCUUAAUAUAAAUGGGAGAGGAUAAUGUAUUAGGGAACUCUUCCUGCGUGUGGAAGCCAACCAUCUAGUUAGGAAGACAAAUACCACAUUAUGAAAAACUUCAAAAAUGCAGACCUUUGGCUCUCGGUCUGUGCAUCUCAGUGAGUGGCAGAAGAAUUACUUUGCAAUUACAUCUGGCAUGUGUACAUCAGGACAGAAGGCAGAUGCCUACCGUGCACAGAUCCUACGAAUUCAGUAUGCAUGGACAAACUCUGAGAUUUCCCAGGCUUGUGCUACCAGACUCUUCAAGAAAUAUGCAGAGAAAUAUUCUGCAGUUAUUGAUUCUGACAAUGUUGAAACUGGUCUGAAUAACUAUGCAGAAAACAUUUUAGCUUUAGCAAGAUCUCAGCAAGCUGACAGUGACAAGUGGCAGUCUGGAUUGUCAAUAAAUAAUGUUUUCAAGAUGAGGAAUGUGCAGGAGAUGAUGCAAACUGGCAAAAAAGUCAAAGACACUCUUUUGGCACCUUCUGAUGCCUCAGUAGUGAUUCAUAAAGAUGCUGUUGUCUUCGAUCUUCCUAAAUUUGGUGUUUGUAGUGGUUCUGGGGAGAGUGGCCCAUUAAAUAACUCAGCUCAUGGUGCAGACAGGACCCAAAAUCUCCCAGAGAAAAGCCUUUUGAUUUGCCCUCAGAAUGCACCUGUAGCGACUGACAUUCCUAAGUUGUGUCCUGCAUUCUCAGCGCCUUUUGGUGAACCAGCUGCAGCAAAAUUCUAUGCCACACCAUUAUUUGGAAAUGUCAAAAAGGAAAAUAAUAGCUCUCCUAAAGCCAACGCAGGACUAAAUAUGUUCUUAUCUAAUCAGUCUGGUUUUUCUUCUGAUUGUGGAAAUCCACAGCAAAGGAAAUCUUUGUAUAGUUCUGGCAAUAAUGAUGCAUUUCCCACUGCACUACUGAGUAAGGCUCUUUGUAAACCAGCAGAUAAUGGCCAAAGGGAGGAGAACAGCUUGUCUGCUUUCAAAACUGCAAAAGAACAGUUAUGGGUAGAUCAGCAAAAAAAAUACCACCACCCCCAGCGUACAGCAGGGUCUUCAUAUGGUGGUGUGAAAAAGUCUCUGGGAGCUAGUCGAUCCCGAGGAAUAUUUGCAAAGUUUGUUCCUCCUAUACUUAAGCAAGAUGGGGGAGAUCAGAAUGGGGGAAUGCAGUGUAAGCCUUAUGGCACAGUACCUACAGAACCAGCACAUCCAGUUGAUGAGCGUCUGAAGAACUUGGAGCCAAAGAUGAUUGAACUUAUUAUGAAUGAGAUUAUGGAUCAUGGACCUCCUGUAAAUUGGGACGAUAUCGCAGGAGUAGAAUUUGCCAAAGCCACUAUAAAGGAAAUAGUUGUGUGGCCCAUGAUGAGGCCAGAUAUCUUUACUGGUUUACGAGGUCCCCCUAAAGGAAUUCUGCUCUUUGGUCCUCCUGGGACUGGUAAGACUCUGAUUGGCAAGUGCAUUGCUAGUCAGUCUGGGGCAACCUUCUUUAGCAUCUCUGCUUCCUCCUUGACUUCUAAAUGGGUAGGUGAGGGGGAAAAAAUGGUCCGUGCAUUGUUUGCUGUUGCAAGGUGUCAUCAGCCGGCUGUAAUAUUUAUUGAUGAAAUUGAUUCUCUGUUAUCUCAAAGGGGAGAUGGUGAGCAUGAGUCUUCUAGAAGGAUAAAAACCGAAUUUUUAAUUCAGUUAGAUGGAGCUACCACAUCUUCUGAAGAUCGUAUUCUGGUAGUGGGAGCAACCAAUCGGCCACAAGAAAUUGAUGAGGCUGCCAGGAGAAGGUUGGUGAAAAGGCUUUAUAUUCCCCUCCCAGAAGCUUCAGCCAGAAAGCAGAUAGUAAUUAAUCUGAUGUCCAAGGAGCAGUGUUGCCUCGGGGAAGAGGAGAUUGAGCUGGUUGUACAGCAGUCUGAUGGGUUCUCAGGAGCUGACAUGACGCAGUUGUGUAGAGAAGCUUCUCUUGGUCCCAUUCGCAGUUUACAAACUGCUGACAUUGCCACUAUAAUGCCAGAUCAAGUUCGACCAAUAACUUACAUUGACUUUGAAAAUGCUUUUAGAACUGUGCGACCUAGUGUGUCUUUAAAAGAUUUAGAGCUUUAUGAAAAUUGGAACAAAACUUUUGGUUGUGGAAAGUAAAUAGGACACUUGAAACUAAAAGAUGGUAUUUUUGUAGUACAAUCUUUUCCACUUUGUAGCAUAGGAACUUAUUAAUUGUACUUUGUAUAUUCUCAAUUCUGUACCUCAAAUAAAAUAGAAUAAUAAGCUCAAAUUUUACAAUUAACUUAGCCUCUGUUACUUAAGCUUGAUUUUUCUUCCAUUAUUAACUGAUUUGUAGGCUUAUUCAUAUAAAAUGUGAAUGAGCUUUUGUUGUUUCUAGGUCUUCACGAUGUGUAACUUGGUGAAUGGUGAGUUCAAGUUGAAAUUUAAAAAUCUCAUUUGUGCCUGAGCCUGUAUCUGACUUAUAUACAUUUUUUUUUUUUUUUUUAAGAUUUAUUUACACAAGAACUGGGGCACAGACCAGAGGCAGGGGAGGGUGAGAGAAUUCACCAGAGACAGAGUGGGGAACAGAACAGGCAGACUGACUGAAAUACACUGAUGAGGGGAGCAGCGGGCCAUAUGGGUUUCUCCCUGGCCGGCUGGGAAGUAAACCCGUGCUUUAGAGGCUACGGACAGCUUUACAGCGCUGUGCUCAACCCGCUGCGCCACUGGGGAGGCCCUUAGAUACAUUUUUUAGUGAAGAAACUUUCUUGUGAGCAGCAUAUAAUUCAUUGGUUAGAAUAAUGGUUCACAUUUGAAGCAGCUUUGCUUAUUGUUUGAAUAGAUUUAAAUCUCACCAAAAGCUAGAGUGAAUAGUACCAGUUUUUUGUUUUGGUUUGUAACAUCUUACAAUUUUUUUUUAAAGAUUGGUUUAUGUAUACAAACAGUGGGGUACAGGCCAGAGGUGAGGGAGGGUGAGAGAAUUCACCAGAGACAGAGCAGGGAGCAGAACAGGCAGAAGGACCAAAAGCACUGCUGAGGGGAGCAGUGGGCAAGACAGGAGAGGUCUGCAGCGCCAUGUGGGUAUCUUCCUGACUGGCUGGGAAUAGAACGUUUCUUCCCUUACCAGGUAUAGCUAAUAAAACUAUGUCCAGAAAUAGCAAGGUAUAAUCUAAUAACAGACGUAUACAUAGAAAUGAAAGGUGAUGAAUGUUGUGUUUUUCCUGGUGGCACAGGUGGUUGAGCCCAGCACUGUGAAGCUGUCUGCAACCUCUGCAGUGCAGGUUCGAUCCCAGCUGGCUGGCAAGAAUCCCACGAUUCAGACCUCUCCUGUAUAGCCCGCUGCUCCCCACAGUAGUGUAUUUCAGCCAGUCUGCCUGUCCUGUUCCCCGCACUGUCUCUGGUGAAUCCUGUCACCCUCCCGUGCAUCUGUCCUGUAAAAAUCUUAAAAAAAAAAAAUAAUAAAAUUAAUAUUGUUGACACUACUUCACAGUUUCUUUCAAAAAUACAGGUUUUCAGAUUUUUAUAAUGGACUUUUGUUUUAGUAAUACAGAUUCAUUUUCCCGGUGUUUUAUAUAGGACUAGGGAUAUACUGUACAUUUCCUUUUAUAGCCAGCUUUUUUCCUUUAAAGUACAUCAUCUUUUCCAAUGUUAACACACACUUGUACAACAUGUUUGCUUGUGGAACUGUGAUUCCAUUGUAUGAAUGAACUGUCAUUUAGCCAGUCUUCUGUUAAUGGGUAUUUAGGGCUGGACAUUAGGUUGUUAACCAUUGGUUUACUUGUAAACAAAAAUAUGUUAAAUGCUAUAAAUGAUCUUAAAAAAAAAAAAAACAUGUACUUUGCUUGAGUAAAAUUCUUGAUUCAAAUAGUAUGCACGUUUUUAAAGUUUUUGAUGUGUGUUCUAAAUUGUCCUUUAGAAUAGUAGUGUUGGGCCUCGCCUGGUAGCGCAGUGGUUGAGCUCUGGGCUGUGAAGCUGCCUGCAGCCUCUGCAGCGCCCGCUCGAUUCCCGGCCUCCAGCGAG